GCCAUUCUCAAAACUGAAAACUUGGGGAAAGUUUAUUAAACUUCUAAAAGAUUUCUUGAGAAGUACAGCUCUUUCUCUACUCUUUCAGAUUCAGAUGCAGUCAAAAAUACAUUUACCCACCAGUAAACAGGGUACACUUAUCCAUUCACUUCCUCAACAAGCCUUGAGACAUGUAGUUCCCACUGUUGUUAACAGCUUGGUUUCAACUGGAACCAACUUAACCUUGAAAACACCAUUAGGCACAGCAGUACUGCUCCCAAGCUGUUCGACCUCCACUUCUGCUCUGUUGUCCACACGUCCUGCUGAGCAACACAGAUCCCAACCACUUCUUGUGGUACCUUCAAUAUCUACCCAUAGUGGAGAUGGUCCUCGAUUUGUCCUUAAUCUUUCUCCACCAAUUAGGAUUCCACAGUACCCACCUCCAUUAAACAAGGUUACUGUACCUGUGGUGGUUAGUAACCAGACAUUACCUCUGUCAAAUAAUGUGUUACUUGGGCAGUCAGCUCCUGUGAUAGUGUCAACAUCUCAACCUCUUAUCACUAUGAAAUCUUCAGUGUCUGUUUCCCGAGUCAAGACAGUUGCUCCAGUGCUCAAACCUACACAAGCGGAAGAGCAAAAGAAAGCUAACUUCAUGGCUGCUUUGGGACUGGUGACCAAAGAUGCUCUUUCAGAGCUUCAGAACAAGAAAGUUGAAAGAAAGAGACGCACAACUGCUAAUCCUCAAUUCUCAAAUGCAGCUCUUGAAGAAAAGCGAAGGAAUGCUGCUUUUCUAAAUGUGGAAGGAAAAUACCCACCAUAUAAGAAAUCUAGGGGACGUCCAAGGCUGAUCUCCAGCCCGACCAAGAAUGGCUCCUUCUGUGUUCAAGAUGAACGCACAGUAACCUCAGCAGAGUUGGUUCCAAAUGGUUUUCAUUCCCCUUGCAAGUCAGCUAUAACAGACACCCAUGAAGAUAUGUGUGCCAUCUGCAGGCAGCAAGGAGAAUUACUUAUGUGUGAUACAUGUAAUUUAGUUUUUCAUUUAACUUGCCUAAAGCCCCCAUUGUUGACGGUACCUGUAGGUACCUGGUCUUGUCCACAGUGCCAACCAAGUCAGUCAGACAUGAAUGUAGAAAACUCAUCAGUGAACACAAGUCUGCCUACAGUCACCAUAACAGAAACUACAUGUGUGGUCAGUGUCACUCCACCCACAUUAUCUGUACCUGUAAUGUCAACUUGUGCACUAACUGUACCCAUACCAUCUGCAGCCCCUUGUGUUGUCUCUCUACCUAUCAUCCUCACAUCUGCCAAUCCUACUAACAUAACCCUCCCUGCUGCAGCCAAAGCCAUACCAACAGUUCCUGUCCCAGUAUCAGUUUCACUAGUAGCAACAAAUGUUUCUGUACCUACCACAGUACUUAACCACUGGAACACUCCAAUUAAUACUACUAGUAGUGUCAUACAUAAAGCAGCAAAAAAGGAAGAGAAACAGAACUUGGUGAAGAGGAGUAUGGAAUUAAGAAGUGAAAAGAUGCAACUAGAAGAAAAAGCCCAACAUUUGAUAUCAGUUAUAUCUAACCAGAAGCAGAAACAAAUAGAAUUACAGUCUUUAUACCAGAAAACAUCAGACUCUUUGAGCAAGCUUCAGAAUGUAAUUCGCCAAGUAAAGGAAAGUUUUUGAUAUCACAAGGUUACUAAAGACUGUGGAAACUUGUAUGUGUUUAUGUGGGCAUUUGUACAAACAGUGAUAUUAUCAUCAUUGUGUGCUUUGAUUGUAGUCAUAGUAUAGUAAUUGCAAAAUGUUGUACAUGUAAAUAUAAAAUUUUACUAUUGUAAGACUUUAAAAUUAUAAUUUAUAUUUGAGAUUAUGCUAAGAUAGAGGAUUUCUAUGAAUGGUUAUAAACAUAACUUCUAAACAAAGGAACGUGAAAAUGUGUGAUGGAGUACACAUUGCUCUACAUGCCCUCAUGUUUCACAUUAUUUUUUUAUUGACAAGAAAGUUUCCUGGAAUUUAUCUGUUGUUUCCAAGGUAUGAUUAUUAAGGCCAGCAUGUGUAAUUGAAUGUGAAGUUUAAAUUGUAGACUUGAUUUAUUCCAACAGUCAAAAAUCUAGUAGGUCUAGAGAAUGUGAUUCCCAGGGUAAUAGACCUACAUGGACAAACUGGCAUCUCAGAAACACAGAGUGGAAAGUAAUGUGGUACCCUGCCUUGCUGAAAGAAACAUGUGCCAAUAACAUCAUCAGCUUCCAAGUGUGGGAAGAAAGAAAUGUCCAAAUAUGUGAUUUCAGUGACUCAGUUAUUGAGGUGAAAGUAUGAUUAUUCAUAUUGAAUCAUCCAGUGCUCCUCUUAGUACACACUGAAAUCCUGUGUUCUUGAACUACUUAAACCAUUGGUUAAUUGCAUAAUUCAGUAGUUCUUCAUGCUUGAUAAAAUUGCCAAAAACAACACUGCACAAAGACUGCACUUAUCACAUAAUGGUCUGUGCAUUUGCUGAAUAGUCACCAUUUUGACAUUAUCUGCUGAUGAAAUCUUGAAUCUUGGUUUAGACUGAGGUAGAAUAAUGGUAUGAAAGUUGAGACUUUUAGGACAAUGUGUGCUUCACUGAAUGUGUUAAUAUUUCUUUAUUUAAAAGUUAUUAUAUUUUAAACUAUGUACAACCAUUCAUAGACAUCAUGUCUUAAGAACUACAAUGACUGAAUCAGUUGAACUUUUCUAAGCCUUUGAAACUGUGUACUUCAGAUUACGUUUAUCUCUAGUAGAGAUGUGGUGAAACAAAAAAUGAUGGGCCAUGUUUAUUUCAAAACUUGACACAAGAAUUAAACACCUAUUACUACAUUUGGGUUAUAUUUCUGUUACCAACUUAUUUAUUUUUUUAUUUAAAAGCAAUCUUUGAGUAGCAAGACAAUAACUUGCAAAUUUGUAAAGUUACCUUUAACCAAAAGAUUGCUUUUUGUGUACUGUAAAAACAAGCCAGAAUUGUUUGAAAAUUAAUAUUUUGAUAGUGAAUUUUUGUUAUAUUCAGAAAAAUUAACAUAUUUCAUCUUAGGAAAAGAAUGAAUACAAACUGACUUUUGAUGUCAAGUAUUUUGAAACCUAUGUUGACUUGGUAAAGAACAAUGUGGCUGAGAUUUUAAUUACCAGUUUCAUUAUGGUGUAGCAUCAUCACUCCUAAAACCCAUUAAUUACUUUUGAUAUGUUAUGAGAAUUUUCUUUUUCCUUUUUAUUUUCAGUUGAAGUAUUUGUUGUUACAGACCUUUAAAGGAAAAAAGCAGAGGUCUUGAUAUGUUAACAUAACUGGUAGAAUAAAUGUUGCAUUUGCAAAAGAUAUAACAUUAAAAACAGGUAUUUACUUGUUUGUCAGAAAGAAAAGUUUUGUACUUAAACAGUUAUAGGUUAUACAGUUCUGUUUUCAAUCAUGUUUUCUUAACAAUAUUUUUGCCCAUUUCAGAAAAAUAUUUCUUUCACACACACAUACAUAUAUAUAUAUAUAUGUAUUUUCCUCACCAUCCUGUUUGUUAAUGAACUGAUAAAACAUGGUUAAGGCACUUUUACUGAAAAACAUUGAAAAUUUUUUUUAUUUACAUGUAUGUAUAAAAUAUAUAUAAUUAAUAGUCUUUAUAUUGCAUUGGCUACUAAUUAGCACUCUUAAAUUAUGAUUUUGAAUAAAGACAAUUUUUGUUAUAAAUCAAAUUGUUCUUUAGUAUAGAGUAAAGGUAUAAUGUAACUUUGAAAAUUUCAGUGUUCCUCAAAGCCUUAGAAUUCCAGUAAGAUUGUUGAAGAUUAAAUUACUUGAUAAUUUAUACUCAUAGACAAUUGCUGUUAAUUAAAGAUAUUUAAAAAAACAUUGUUCCAUUUUCAAAUCUUAGUUUAUUUUAACCAAAACUUGUCUGCUUUUUCACCAACAAUUUAAACAUGUUUUGCCAAUUCAUGCAAAAUGUUUUUAAGUCAUUGUGUACACCAUAGAUGGACAACUAACAAUGAAGAUAUUUUAUCCGGCCCAUUUGUUUUUUAAUCAUAUUUUAUUUUGGCAAAGCUGGCAAUAAAAAUUACAACCAAGCAAACCAGUCCCAUGAUGGUUCUGAGAACUUUAUUCAAAUGUUAAUUCAGCUAUUUAUUCAAAACCAUGUAAUUAACUGAGGGUGUAUAAUAUAGACAGUAGUAAUAUAAAUUCAAAUUAAGGAAAUAUUCUGAAAGUACUUUACCUGAUUAUGUAGCUUCAGCUCCCAGAUUAAAGUCAACGUAAGAAAGUGGCCAGUGAGCAUAAAGAAGUUGGCCAUUCCUGGCGUACACAGACAACUGUUAUUGAUUCCAGAGUUUUCUGUCCUUUAUCAGAGUUGGUAGAUGUUGGCUACACAAAGUUCCAUAAAAAUUAAAAUGUUUACUGUGCUUUAUAAAGCACUAAGUUAAUUUCAUGUGUGAUGUUGUAAGAUACACAUAUUGGAGGAUUACCCAAUCAUAUAUAUGAUGAAGAGUUAGCUAUAUAUAGACCCUUCUCAUGACAUCAUCAUCAUCAUCAUGUGACGUGUGUCACAUGUGCAUUACUUGUACCUGUGGUAGGCAAAAUAUUGUAAAUGUCCUACAAUACACAUACCAUUUGCUGUGCAGUUAUUUGCACAAAGGACAUAAAAAGAAUUAUUUUUUCACAGCUUUCCCAAACAAUUCUACAAAACAAAAACUGUGAAUCAAUACUAUUAAGCCAAAAACACUAACAACACAAGCACACAACAAGAUUUGCAGGUAGAAUUUUGUCACAGUUAGUAAAUGAAUAAUAGACAUAAUAGUAUAGUUCUAACUUCUAAGCCUUAGUUUAUCCAUAAGUUUUACUAAAUUGAACUUAAAUUCCAAAACUUUCUUAGACAGACUCACAGUUUAGUUUAAUGCUUAAUAUUAAGUAGAAAAUUAUAAUGAAAAUCUUAUGUUCAUCUAUACUAGUGUAGUAAGAAAUUGAUUGUUUUAUUUUUUUCUCUGUUUAGGUUUAACUUUUGUUUUUAGAAAGCAUUUAAAAAUAAAAGUAGAUGAACGAGGUAAAUAAUAAACUGACUGACUGAACAAGUGUGUUGUAACCUUGGUAGUUAUCUUAACUUCAGAAUGAAUAGAACAGGACUAACCCCUAAAUUCUUGUGCAUUUAUUGCUCUUGUAUUUCUUAUUUUAUGUUAUUGUAUCUGUAUGCAGCUGUGUAAUGUAUUGGUCUCUGUUGCCACAUGUGAUACAGGCAUGCUAUACCUCAGCUUGAAUAAAGCUGAUUAUGAAUCUGUAAUACUCUAAUUUCACAUCUAAAAUUUAUGUUGGAGUGACAAAAAAUUUUACUUGUGAAAUUAAGAAUAACCAUGAUUUGUCUUUCUUAGAAUCUGUAAUAUUUUUAGCAAUAUAACUGUUCAUUUAGGAAAAGUAUACCUACGCUGUGUUAUUUGAUGUGCAAAUCAUAGUGAUAUAUGUCCUUCUAGUUUUGAUACAGAAUUCUUUGUAAUAGUAUUAGUUAUUUUCAAAUUAAAAUGUAAUAUAACUGAAGGAUACAUUAAGAGAUGAAAAAAUAUUGGUUUCUACAGUAUUAUUAUAUUUUUGAUGAUCAAAGCUCCCUAAUGUGCCUAGUGUUAUGUUUACAUUGACAUUUUUUUUUCUAAGCUUAAAACAUUGGCCAAGUUUGUGUUAAAAGGUUACGUUGAGAUUUUCUUAACAAUAUGAUACAGGCCUGGCUCCUGCUCCUUUCCAUUGGAGAGGGGGGCAGUGGAACUUUCUUGGUUCUUCUUAGUGAUUUAAAAAAUUGUACGAUAUUUUAAAAUUGAUAAUAUGAUUUUUUAAACUACUAGGUAGAAUGAACUUGGGUGGACUAGAUUGAAAUUUGAGGAUGCACAGCCCACCCUAAUGCUGGCACUAAUAUGAUAAGACCAUGUAUUGUCUUUUGAUUUUUAUCAAAUAAUGAUAAACAUCCACAAACUGGACAUUUGAUCAUUUUUUGGAACAUUUUCUUAUCCAUCCUGAUAACUGUAAGAGUAUUGCAAUGUUAUCCUACUAGUAUUUAUAUUCUUUGCAUAUUUCUCUUUAUUAGCAUGAUUCCAGUUAGAGAAGUUUUCAAAAGCUUUCUUCUUUGUUGUUUUAUCAGUAUUAGUACUAAUACUAUUAGGCUAUUACCAAUACCAUUACUGCUAUUACUGAUACCAUGGCCUUACCAUUUCUCAUUCCUGUACCAUCAGCCAAAGGUACAAAUGACAUUUCAGCUAACAUUAACUUGUAUGAUUAAUAUUUAUGCUUAUCUUCCUUUUUACAGUAUAGUGAACAAAUUUUUAUCAAAAUGAUCAACUUAAUAUUUUCUGAGAAAGACGAUAAAAUUCAAGGCUUUUAAAAAGACCUUGUAUUCAACAGCACAUACCAUUUCUUGCCUACCAUCGGUGCUCUUGUGCAAUGAUGAUGUCAAAUAUAUACAUUAUUUGUCCACAGAGAAGAACCUAAAGAGCACUGAGGCAUAAUAUUGUUUUUUGUGGUUUACCAGUGGUAAUUACUGAUCACUUGA